GUCAUAUUUGGCCAGAUUGAAAGACUCCGUUUUUUCAAAAGACCUCGGUGUUACAUGUAACAUGGCGAACAGUGGGACAACUUCUGCCUUGACCUGUCUAUCCACUAGUGAUAUUAUCACCAAGGUAGUAGAAUAUGGGAUAGAAGUAACUGAACUGGAAGCUAGGAAAUUCAGAGAUAAUGAUGUGGACGGGGAAGCAAUUUCCUAUGGCCUGACCGAGACGAUGGUCCCAUACCUCUUUGAAGGUUCCUUCAAAAAGCAAGCAAAAUUCCUACAAUUUGCACGCCAGCUGAAGGAGCCAGAGCCAUCUACAACGCUGACUUUUGAGAUCUUGCCAAAUGACUGUCUUUCUCCAACAUGUCAAGAAUAUGGGAGUUUCCCUGCUGUGUUUACCCUGCCAACGUUCCCCAAAGAUAUCCAGACCAAACUGGACACAAAACAACCAUGCCAUAAAGUGUCUACUGAUAGACACAAAAUCGUGAGGAUAUUGCAUGAGACGAUGGCACAAUACACAAUGUAUCCGACAAAUUCUGAAUAUAUUAAAGUGGCCAAAGCAUUGAUUUUCAGGUAUCCUUUCCUGAAGGAUAUGGAGGGGAAUGGAUAUAACACCUGGCAUAUGUCUUUAAAACGGCGGUUCAAAGCUGAAAGGACGCCCCUGGUCCACCACGAGGUAGUUCGAAACAUGAAGCAAAAGUUUGGGCAUCAUAGAUCACCCCAAGCACCAGAAAAUAACCAGGGAAGCAUAACGACUUCUGUCAGACGAUCUUCAGACAUCAUUUCUGUUUUUGGGGAGGACGAGUCCUCCAUUGGUGUACACACACAGGUUUUGAAACGACAAUACCUGAAGACCCAGCCUGAUUCCUGCAUCGUUACCAACGCCAUGACCAAGACAUUUCAGUGGAGGAGAAAGGAGGUGGCUGAGGGGGUACGGGCUGAUACUAUCGCCAAUAAGUAUCCAUUCUUGAAGACACCUGCUGGGUUGUGUGAGGAAAUGAACCGCAUCCACAACAUUGAAAACCUGCAGCACCGCUUCAGAGAGGAAUUUCUCCUCAUUCUACCCAAGGUGCUGGCCCUUGCAAGAGGAAAAUCCCCUCUGGAGAAGAUAUAUCUGCAGGCAAGAGAAGAGUCACUGAGCGAAGAUCUACCAGCCAUGGACUUCAAAGCCGGGCUUGUUCUCCUGCCAAUUAUUUUCAAGGAAAAGGUGGAGCAUCAUGUUACUUUGGAAGAGCCUGGCACACCUUACCCGACCACCCAACUGACGCACACCAACUGGAAGUCAGCCUUCACAAGAAGAGGGCCCAGUGUGGUCAAAACGGAUGGGUUCGAGUUGUUCAGGGCCAGUUAUUUGGAGGAGGGAGUCAUCGCAGCCUUUUGCGCAUAUUUCGUUUUCAACAUGGCCUACCCACCAAACCGUAAGAACACCUUGACCUUCGUACAGCGCUGCAUCCUGAAAAUAUCUGAGGAGGGGGAUAAGCCGCUCUCGACCACUGUUAUCAGAAUUCUUAACCAGUUAUACUAAUGCCUCGCCUACAUCAAUGUCCCAAGUGCUCUCGAAGAACAUUCACACUAAUGAAAUUAGUACAGCAUGUUGGACUUAUACAUGCUCAUGAGUCUAAUUUUAACAUAACUUGUGGAUUGAAUGAUUGUCAAAGUACAUUUUCAAAAUAUGAGUCUUUCAGAAGACACAUGUACAGAAAACACAAGCACUCCAUUUUGCCCUCUGAUGACGAAGAGCAUGAGCCCCCUAUGGACCUUGAAAAUGAAGAUGCCGCUGCAGAAAAUGAUCCCUCCACAAAUGGCAUGGCCGAACAGCCUCCCUGCUUGAAUGAACUGUUGACAUCGUUUAGUGAGAACCUUGUUAGUUUUAUUCUAAAAUGUAGAGAAAAAAAUAAUCUUCCACUGUUGGUACAGGAGGAAAUCCUUGAUGAUGUCAAUUUUUUGUUUUCUUUUUUUAAGGAAAACUAUGAUGCAUUCAUAGCCUACCACCUAAACAAAAGUGGCUUUAACAUGUCAGAAAACCCUGAAAUUCAGAAUGUUUUACAAUCUAAGGAUUUUUUUGAAGAAGCAUCAAAUGUGAUUAGGUCUAAAUACAAGCUGAAAGAGCAUUGCAAGUCAAAACUCGAUAUGACUGAACCUGUUCAGUACACUUCAAGAGGUUCUUCAGGACACAAACUGGGCAGCUACUCCUAUGUUCCUCUUAGUCAAGUGCUGCGUAAAUAUUGCUCCCACGUAGAUGUUUGGGAAGAAAUACAGUCUUACAAUAACCAACAAAAAAAUGAAGGUGUUUUAAGUGACUAUUCCGAUGGGGUCUACUUUGCAGAGCACCCAUUCUUCAUGCAUCAUCCGAAUUCCUUACGACUACAUUUUUAUGAGGAUGAGUUUGAAGUAGUGAACCCUUUAGGUUCUAAACGUAACAAACACAAAUUGUGUGCCUUUUAUUAUUCAAUCGGUAAUAUGGACGGGCGCUAUCGGUCUCAAUUGAAGAAUAUUCAUUUAGCUUUACUUGUGCGUUAUUCAUAUGUAAAACAAUGUGGUUGGGAUGUCAUAUUGAAACCAAUGCUUGAUGAUCUCAAAGAUCUAGCAACGAAUGGGUUCACUGUAUCUGUUAGUGGGAUUGAGUACAAAGUUAAUGCAGCACUAGCAACGAUUUCUAGCGGUAAUCUCUCUGCUCAUAUGCUUGCUGGGUACAGCAUGUCAUUCAACUCUGGUAGGAUUUGUAGGUAUUGCAUGGCAACUUAUAAUGAAAUGAAAGAAAAGUUUACAGAGGAAUGUUUUGUUUUAAGAACAGCAGCUGUUCACCAAUAUCACCUUGAAUGUAUAGUACAAAAUCCAGACAGUAAAGCAAUAUAUGGAGUACAGAGUAAAUGUCCAUUUGAUGAACUGCCCUAUUUUGACACAACUACCUCCUUUCCCCCAGACAUAAUGCACGAUCUACUAGAAGGAGUAAUUCCUUUAUUUCUAAAACUUGUUUUGACUCGAGCUCAUAGAGAGAAGCAUAUCACUAUUACAGAAGUAAAUGAAGAGUUACAGAAACUCUCAAUUGGUCAAAAUGACAAGACAAACCGACCUGUACUGCUGUCUGAAAAGCUUUUAAAUAAGUCAGGAAUAGUUGGAUCUGCAUCACAAAAGUGGUGUCUUUUUAGGUUGCUCCCUUUUCUAAUAGCAGACCGUGUUC